AUGGUGGCGGUCCCAGUUCAGCCGCCGCGCCAAGCUGCGCCACUGUCAGCAGAAGACCAGCUGAAAUUCCAGGAGAUGACCAUGCAAUUGCUGGACCGCACCUUACGAGACAUGGAUGAACAUGACGCGGAUCCUCGUUCGCACGACAAACAGGACCCUCGUGUGUGGAAGAGAAUUCACCACAAAGAGCAUUUUACCACGUACACGCGGUGCGAUGACGCACCUGAAGCAGCCUACGUGGCGGCAGACGGCGGCCGUAGUACCACGUCUCGACCGUCCAAAGAUGUGGUGCUUGGUAUGGGUUUUGUUCAAUGUCCACUCAGUGAAUUGAUGUACGGCGUCUUUAUGGGCAACAGCCAGGCGAUGGCACUUAAGUCCGCCGUCGUGGACAAGAAUAUCGGCAAUGGGGCUGUACUCAAGGAGCUCCUGGGGCCCACUGAGGAAGACCCGUUCCGAUUUCUUGCGCUCAAGUGGAUCGAGGUGCGGCCGCCUCGUGGCGUCUCUGGAAAGCUCGUGGCGCCCCGAGAAGUGAUGUUCCUAGGAGGCACAGGUACCAUGAGACGUCGCGGUACGGGCGACUUUAUCGGCUACGAGGUGCAUCAUUCGAUUGACCACCCGGCUUUCCCUCCUGUGGACGGACUGCGACGCACGCGCAUCGUUAUCGGCUCCAUCUAUCGCGAACGACCCAACGGAACGGUCGACUUGUUUAUCAAGAGCUACAGCAUGGAGGCUGAUAUGGGCAGCAUCCUUGGUCCUUUGGCCAUGGCCCAUGCGGCCAAGUGCAUCGAGCAGGUUUGGACCGUGCCCGACUUUGCCUAUGCCAAGAAACUGCGGUGGUGCAUUGACCACCGCGUGCACAGCAACAACGCCAAGGCGCUCCAAGCCAAACUGGCUAAGCGCUGCGCCUCAUGCGAUAAGAGCGUGGCCACAAUCUGGAAGUCUAGAGCGGCGUACCGCAUCUGCAAUCUGUGCAAGGCGCCGCUGUGUUCCAACUGCCGCGUUAAGAAAGAUCUUUACGAAAUUGACCCGUAUUUUCGUGCUCGCAAAUUCCCGGUGCGGAUCUGCCCUCCCUGUCGGGAGUUCGUAAAGCUGCUGGACGCGAAGGAGAUCCAGAGACAGGAAAUGCUGCGACCUCAAAGCGCCGAAGCGGUUAACCCGUUGACGCCCAGCACGCUGGAUGUGCUGGCACACAAUUUCUCGCUGGACAAUAGUUUCUGUACAGCAUCAGUGGAGAGUUUGUGCAUGAUGGACUCGCCUCGUGCACGCUCCGACAGCGUUAAGACUGACUUACUACAUUGA